AUGUGUUCCUGGAAGAACCAUUACUGUUGGCCUGGGAAUUGCAGCAAAGACGGUCUUACAAGGGACUGCACAUGCGCGACGGGGUUUAGGAAUAUUUCUCAUUCCGAGGAAACCUCGUGUCAACCAACUAAGAAACCAUCUAUCUUAACAUGUGACACUGUUGCGAUCGGUCCAAACGGUGAAAAGAAAAGAUCAAUUUCAUCGACCAAUUCAACGGAGUGUCUAUAUUUGCAAGAUAUGUAUGGAAAUUAUCAGCCGUCAACGAUGCAGCUUGUUUUAAGCACAGAAUACACUAUUGACAUUUCUAGUUCUUUGCCGCCUCCUUCAUUUAUUGUCGAACAAAACUUUGGAAUAACUGACACAACCAUUUAUAUCAAACGCCAAAAUCUUUUGGAUUCGCUUUCUUCUUUAUCAACACACAGACGACUUGUGGAUGAUAAUUCUAGCCAGUCCGUUAAGAACACUUUUUAUGAUUCACAUAAUAUUUCAGUUUCUUCAACUAAAUACGUUCUAACUAAUGGCCAGGCGUUGUGUCUAGAAUAUGAAACAAAAGGUGGUGGUUACUUGAAAGCAAAAGACACGAGAAACAAUAUCGAUCUCAGCGCCAAACCUUACGCCAAAACUUCGGAACAACGAACAGUCUGCUAUAGGUAUGACAACCAACCGCCUGAACACUGUUCAAAACUAUCGACAUGUAGCUCUGAGCCUCUCAAACUAGACAAACGGAUAACGCGAUCAAAUCUCCACCACGUUCAGUUUGACGGUUGGCUGGAUCCCGUUCCUCUAGGGGGAGCAACACACACCGCUUCAUCCAUCGAGAGCUACGAAAUUCGGGUAAACGAGGUGUUACUAUCAGUGGAUACAUUAAAGGUAGAUUACACAACCAACGUUCUCAGUACAAAUGUAAACCACACGGUCACAAUCAUGGAUCUAAAUCUUACUUCAGACACACCAAGGCUCUAUUGUUUGACACUUGAGGUAAAGGAUGUUGCAGACAAUGUUCGACAGUCACGCCGUUUUAUUCUCUACGAUAACACUUCGACCAUUGCAAUCUGGACUGAAAAGCCUUUCCGAUUUACAUCAGCGUCACCUGCUACAGAUUACACAUGGCAAACCCAUCAUAACAAAGUCUGCCUAAGCUGGAAAGAUCACUUUUACAACGAUUUCUACAUACACAAUGAACUUUUGAAUGCUAUUGAGCCCGACCCGCACGGUCUCAUUACAGGCUUAUACGAGCAAAUUACUGGAGAAAUACCUGUCUCCGGGACAUCGAAUGUGUACGGUAUUAUUGCAUACAAUGUAUCGUGGAGCCCGAAUCAUGGUUCAUUCUCAGUAGAAAAUCCUGUCCCUACCUUCACGAAUCAAUCGUUUUGCAAGGAUUUGAAUGUUAAAGACGGUGAUACAUACACACUUAACGUAAAGGCUAUUGAUAUAGUUGGAAAUACCCUAAGCGAUAACCAAACUGUGUUUAUUGAUCGCUCAGCACCACAUCUCAACAACAUUUGGCUUAAGAAAGAUGGGUACGAAAUGUUGUUUGUGCAUAAUAGCACGGACCUGUCUAAAAUGAAGAUGACGUUUAAUGCACUUGAUCCACAUAGUGGCUUAUCUAAAAUACAUUGGACGUUAGGAAUAGCAGACACAAUGGCCGAACUUCUAGAUGAACGCCUUGCUGUCAGGACCAUAAAAUCAUGCUCAGCCGCAGAGUGCUACUGCCCGGAUAUUGGUAUUUGUGCAUUCUUUAAUUACACUAUACCACUCAACAGACUAAACGUUAACGAUAUGCACAUUGGCAACCACAAUAGAAACUAUUUUUUUACCAUUAAAGUAACAAACAUGGCUGGGCUUUCAACGUCGGAACGUAUUGACGUCCUUGUUGAUGAUUCGCCACCUUCAGCUGGUGUUGUUUACGAAGGUCCAGAGGAUUCCCCUGAUAUUGACUAUACAAGUGAUGAUUCGAUUUUGGUACACUGGCAUGGUUUUAUUGACCACGAGAGCGGCAUUAAACUGUACAGAGUUGGAUUGUCCGACAGAUGUCUGAGUACCCAAGAUCUGUACAACUUUACAGAAGUACCAAGUAUAUCGACUUUUAGGGAACUUCCUUUCUCCGAAGAAACGGUUCGAAUCCCAACAACAUUUACCGGAAAGCGAUUUGUGACUGUUAUAGCACUAAACAAUGCCAUGGAACCUUCGAAGCCUGCGUGUUCAGAUGGUAUUACGCGUGAUCUUUCACCGCCAGAAUUUAGAAAUAUGACUUUACAGCAUGGACGAUUAUCAGAGAGCCUACUUUGUUUGCACGGCGUAGUAUAUUUAAUGAAGACCAAUAUGCAAAGAACAAAGCUACACAAUACUUCGGAUUGUCGUGGUAUUUGUGCUGCUGAUAUUCAAUCGCACAAGGUUACCGAAAUGUAUCAGAUACAUGCAACAAAAGGAAAGGAUGAACAUAUUUCCUCGUUUCUUUGCAAGCACUUACCCUUGUACGCAAACGAUACAAUAAUAUAUCUUCCGAAUGAUAACAUAUAUAUAACUUGGAUUAUUGAGGAAGGCGGAAGUCAAAUUCAAGACUUCUUUGUGGGAUUAGGAUUUAAUCCUACUGAAAUAGAGAGUCCGUCUAUUGUAGCUUAUACGUCUACACAAAAGAAAACCUAUUUCAGACGAAGACAUGAAGGCAUAGGUUCUGACGAAAUAUUCUACAUUUUCAUUAAAGUCAUCAAUAAAGCUGGUUUGGAGAGAAUCGCAACAAUUGGCCCUGUACUCAUUGAUCAAACACCGCCUUUAAAUAAAACCCUUCCUCAAGUACUUUCUGAAUCUGAGCACAUUGUAUUUGGAUGGGAUAUCAGCACAUUCUAUGACGAAGAGCAGAGUGCACAAAUCGAUCAAAUAUUUUUCCAGUUUGAUCCCUCAGUGAAUAUGAGUAUUAUGGACGUUGACGCUCAUUUUACGAAGGGUGUACUAUGUGCAAGAUGGAAAGGUUUUUUACACCACGAGAAUUUAACUUUAGAAGUAGGAGUAGGACUAUCAAAUGCUUCUGAUGACGUAGUUGAAGACUGUGUCAAACUGCCCGUCCAUGGACAUAUUUCUUCAUAUGCUUGCAUUAAAGCAUACUCCGUCGGCGGACAAAUGAUAAGCAACAGUCCCAACCGAGACGAUAUUGCUUCGUUCCACACCUCAGGACGAGAAACGGCUAUCACGUUAUCUAUAACUGGCAUCACUGAUGGGACUUCGAUAUAUUUUACUGUAAAUGGAUCAGACCAUUUCGGACUUUCGUCAGUUGUUGUUUCCGCUGAGUUGGUUGUCGACACAUCACCACCGACGCAGGGAAUAAUACACUUUAAUCAACAACAUGCAUAUUACAGCAGUGACACAAUUAGCAUACGUCUUGUUGGUUUUCGUGACGAUCACAGCGGUAUAAGCUAUUUCAAUGUCGGGAUCGGAUCAAGUGGCAUCACGGUGGAUACAUUUUCUAUGACAAAGUAUUAUUCAGAUACUUUCAACAUAGAUCUUCAUGAUUCAAAUAUUCUAGAAGGCCAUGAAUACUUCAUUUUGGUGCAGAUUGACCUGGACUAUCAAUCUGACAUAUACACGAUCCAUGCAAAUUGGAAGGAUUUUUCAGACAAAGAAAGCGACAUAGACUACUUCAAUGUAGGACUUCGUACAGACCACUACGCCACAGACGUGCAAUCAUUUACAAACGUUGGGUUGAAGCAUGAUAUUUCUUGGAAUGGUUCGUUUAUUCCUGGACAAAGAUAUUAUACAACAGUAGAAAGCUGUAAUAAAGCUGGCCUUUGUACACAAAGAUCGUCAGAUGGAAUGAUACUGGACAAUUCCCCACCAAUUAUGGGUCGUGUCCAAGCCGGGUCUUGUGUCCACCACAGCAGAUAUUUACCAUUAAACACAUCACUAAGAUUGCAAUGGGCUGGAUUUGAGGACCCUCAGUCAGAUAUCGAUCAUUUUGAAGUGUGUUUAGGAAGGCAGAAAAACAUGUGUGAUAUUGUUCCUCUAUUCAACGCUCUUCUAAGGUCUAAUAUGAUAAAGUCCGAUUUAUCUCUGCCAAUAAACACAUUCAUUUUUGCAACUGUAUGGGCCUUUAAUGGAGUCGGAAUGAACGUUUCAAGUGCUUCCGAUGCGAUUCUCGUCGACAUUACAGCUCCUUACAACAAAAUCAAGCCUUCGAUAAAGCAUGAUUACAACACAAUAAAGGACAAAACCGCUCAAUGGGAAAAGUCUAUUAUAAGAGUGUUUUGGGAAUUUGUAGACGACGAAAGUCCGAUACUCAAUCACGAAAUAUCUCUCUUUACUCAUCAUGGAGGACACACGCCAGUUGAAAGGGUACAUCUCGGAUCAGAAAAACACUAUACCAUUAACUUAGACGGAAGUAAUUGGCUGCAUAAUGGUGACAUAUAUGUUCUUGUUGUAACUAGUUGUAACGCAGCAGGGCUAUGCUCAACAGAGAGAACAAACGAUAUUCUUAUCGACUCUACUCCCCCACACCAAGGAGGUCUAAAACCAGAAAUGCUUUGGCAAAAUUACAGAGAUGCCAGUGGGCUCCAUUCCAAUGUCUCCUUGACUUGUGUGCCAUCUUCCGUUAUUAUUGAAAAACAGCGAGGAAUACUAGAACUAGAGAAACAUUCUUGUGACGUUCAAUUUUGCAACAAGGACUGCACAUGCGCUGUAGUUGGAAAACCAUGCAUUGAAGCUGAAACAAAUAUGUCCUGCGUCGAGAUUGAUUCAUUUAACACGACUGAUAGUGACGUGGCACGGUUUGCAGUUUUUGGAGGCCUUCAGUUUCAGCCUUUGACCAUAACGGCCUCAUCUGCUUGUCUCGCCGGUCACUGGGCGCAGGUCGAACAUUCAAGAAACGUUACAGGCAUUCAUAGAUUUGAGUGGAGCAUAGGAAUUCAUAAACAGCCGCAUGGAGAAGGGAUUUUUGAUUUACGAAAUGAAAUCCCCUGGGUUGAUAUAGGCUUGCGACAAGAAUUUGUUCACUGUCUUCCUAUUAAUAGAUCGCUUGUUCAUGGCGAGCUCUACGACAUUUAUGUUAAAACUUGGUACGGACCGAGUGAAUUUGCCAUCUUUACGUCUAAAUCCAUUAAAGUUGAUCAAACACCCCCAAAUGUGCGUAAAGGUCGAUAUAUCAUCGAAGGAAUUGACAAUUGUGCAACAGAUAUUGACUUCAUAUUCUGGACUAAUGAGAUUUCGGCUUGUUGGUCCGGUGUCUUUAGUGAGCAACAGAGUUAUAUACAACAUUACUUGGUUGCUCUAGGAACGUCACCGAACGUCGAUGAUGUUUUUGCAUCAGAGAAUAUUGGGUUGAACACAAAUAUUUCCAUCGGUAAUCUGACUUUGGAGCACGCCGUUAAAUACUAUUUUACCGUCACUGCCGUGAACACUGCAGGGCUUCACACUUCGUUAUCAUCAGACGGUUUCAUAGUUGAUACGACCUCACCGUCUGAUGGCGUUGUUUUUAAUACAAUAACACAUAAGAACGUUGCAUACCAAUCAUCCGUUACCUCUCUAGGACUUUCAUGGCACGGGUUUCAGGACCAUUGUUCAGGAAUAAAAAGUUAUUAUGUUGCUCUUGUGGAAGAUCAAAAGCCCCCUGAUUCGAACACAAAUUUCACACAUAUCGGUCUCAAGACGAGCGUUAUGUUCGAUGAUUUAGACUUAAUACCUGGAAGCGUUUAUUACGGAGUGGUCAAGGCCAUUGAUGCCGCGGGACAUGAAAGUGAUCUUAUUGUUUCACCGGGUGUCAUCAUCGAUUCUACUCCACCCAAAGGCUACGACUGUGACCAAUUUGAACACAUGGUUGUCCUCGAAUGGUUAGCAAAAGCUCUUCAUGUUCGGCAAAUAAGAUUUGAUUCUGUAGCUGUUACUGCUAUGAUCCUGGAUAAAGAAAGUCACCUGAAAAAGGUACAAGUUGGUGCUGGGACUACACCAGGAGGCUUUCAAAUACAGCCAUUAACUGCCAAUCAUGCUGAUGUAAUGAGUGUGAUAAUUAAAGGUCACCUCGUGCAUGCGAUGAAAGUGUAUACGACAGUUAUUGCUGAGAAUCAUGCAGGCCUGAGAUCAGUUUUCCAGUCAACAGAACCAAUUAUUAUUGACCAUACUUCUCCGAUUAUCACCGACCUGGAGGCUUUAGCAACGGAAUGCUUCCGAAUACAGAAAAUGUACAAGACCAAUGGUAUGCAGAUACUUUGUCAUCGUGUGAGUCGAACCUCCUGCAGCUUCAACACGGCGAUAGAGUACUGGACAAAUGUUCACUUGAAGACAGUGGCAACUGCUAGGGGACUAACAUUACACAAUACAGAAACAUUAAACGCACACGUCAGGGCUACAAACAGUGGACAACAUAGAGGUGAGGCCGUUCAUGCCUCCUUAAUCACCAUCAGCCAACCUCCAGCCUUGUCAGGAACCCCAAUGCUUAUAUCUCAAAAGGGGAAUAUUAUUCAUAUCGACUGGGAACAAGCAUUCGAUACACUUCCGGAAAUUCCAGUUGUGUAUAGCCUCGUUGUGGGAUCAAAAGACGGAUUCACCGACAUUCUUGACCUCAGCUAUUACACCGGACAUACGUAUGACGUUGUGGCUCCGUCGUAUACAAUAAUUUCUCCGAAGAUAUCAGAGUUGUUCUUCACUAUAACAUGUUCUUAUCCAACAGAUAAAGUUUCCUUCGAGAGGACUGAGCAAGAAAACGAUAUUGGUCACUCAUCGGACGGUAAUUUAAGCAAAGGCUCAGUUGAGAAUCCCUACGAGUCGUUCUCAGAUAAAACUGAAGGGAAAAGAAUCUCCUCCUUGGAUGAAACAUUAUACAUGAAUCUUCAACUCAACUCGCCAUGA